UGAAAUUUGCGCGCAGUUGGUAGUUUAAUUCGUACGUUUUCGCCGUGAACACUUUUUAUCAAAACUGAAUAUAACUACCGUAUCUAGUACCUACCUACCUUGUGUUUUUGGACUGUUUAUUUUUCUUGACCAAAAAAUAGUGAUAUGCAAUAGGUACCUGCCAUAAUUAGAUUUACGAAAUAAUUCAAAGUUCUAGGUACUCAUGAAUUUUGUGAAUCAUUUGCACUUCGUUCAGUUACCUAUAGCUUAGCAUUAGAAGUUGUCGAAGAAGCUUGCAUUAAUUUGAAAUAAUAAGUACCUACUUACCAAUUUUCAAACAUGCGUUUUACAUCAUUUUUGUUUUUAAUCUUAAGUUAUAUCUUGUUUCACUCGACUUACGAAGGAAAUGCUGCUGGAACAAUUGAUAAAAAUUCUGGUGGAGUUGUAUUCAAAGACAGAGACAGUAUUGCUACCAAAGCUGAGCAAAAAUGUCAAGCUUACAUUGUAGAAGCUUGCAAUAGAACUUUGAUGUUGAAUCCAAUUAGGAACCUUAUGAAAAAAGUAAACACCCCGGGACGUGUUCUGGUGAAGAGACAGUUGAAGCUGUUGAAUUCAACAAGUGAACUUCUGAAAAAAGUAAACACCCCGGCACGUGCUGUGUUGAGGGUAAAUAGACCGGAUGUAGUGGGAGGAAGAGAUUCUGUUGAUAAAGAAUAUCCACACAUGGCAUUGAUUGGAUUCGGUGACCAAUCGAACGUAAAGUGGCAAUGCGGUGGAUCCAUCAUUAGUGAACAAUAUAUUUUAAGUGCAGCCCAUUGUUCGACUACAUCAGAAUCUGAAGCUCGCUGGGUUAGACUUGGUGAAUUGGAUUUGAGCACGAAAAAAGAUAAUAUUGAUACUCGGGAUUAUUCAAUUUCGGAAAUAAUUACACAUCCUGAGUAUAAAUCUCCACUCAUGAAUCACGAUAUAGCACUUUUCAAACUCAACACUUCUGUCAAGUUCAAUUCUUACAUUAGACCAAUCUGCUUAAAUACGAGGCAAGAUUUGCAAUUUGACAAGGUCACCGCGACAGGUUGGGGAUCCACAGGAUAUGGUGAGAAAGAAAGCCCUAAAUUACAAACCGUCGAUUUUAAUGUGCAACAAAAUCAGAAAUGCGAAGAAGUCUAUAAAAAUAAUAAUCGACUAAAAAAUGGAUUCAAUGCGAGCACUAUGAUUUGCGCCGGAUAUCCUGCUGGAGGCAGAGAUACAUGUCAAGGAGAUUCCGGUGGACCUCUUCACGUGGAUUUGCCAAACGGAUGCUCAAGAAUUUAUUCACAAAUUGGUAUCACUUCAUUAGGAAUAGGCUGUGCUUUCCCGGAUACUCCUGCAGUGUAUACCAGAGUUUCAUUUUAUAUUCCAUGGAUAGAAAGCAUCGUUUGGAAGUAACUCAAAAGUUACUAUGCCUCUCCUCUACUCAUUGAAGGAAUAUUUAGUGGGAUUAAGGGCUCGAUAAAUUUUAAAGCGAGAAAGAUGAUUCAGAAAUAGUUAAGUACACUGAGAGGGUAGGCCAUUUUCUUAAUUUUAAAUUGCCUAUAAAAAGUUGAUCUCAAAAAUCAAAUUUCAUCCCUGCUUCAGCGAACCAUCCUUUUCAGUCCGAUUUUCACGAGGAACCCAUUCCCAUAUCACUGUCUUACACCACAAUGCCAAAUGGUGCCAAGUGCCUCACUCCUCUUCUCUUUUGCUUUGGUACAUUUUGAAUAUUUUAUGGCACUUUUCCUACUUAGAGUUGGUUUGGUCAAAAUCCCAGGUAAGUAGGUAUACUUAAUUUUUUUUUCAAUUCUGUCUAUAAAUAAAAAAAUAAUUAAUGUUCAAUAGAAAGUUUGGAAUAAUUUUAUAAAUAUAAUUGCGAGUCUUCAAGAUUUCACGGAGACCAUGAAAACUGAAAUUGUAUCUGUAUGGUAAAUAAAAAAUAUGUCUAGCAAAUCUGCUCAGAUGGGUGUUAUGAAGCGGAAGUAAAAGCAUACGAAUAAUUUAAAUUUUCUUUGCCGAUUUUCAACAUUUUAAGACACUAACCGAUUAAAUCUUAUUGCGAAUUCCUUCGUGAAGAUUAAAUUUCAGUCUAAAGGCAUUUGUAGUACUCUGUCGUGAUAAGUAAAGUAUUUUUCGAAUUUCUAGAGAAUUGAAACAAGCUGAAUGUCGUCAUUUUAAUUAAAACCAGAACUUUUUCUCGAAAUGCCUUUAGAAGCUUCUGAAUUAGAAUCGAAACUAAUCGAAUCAUUUAAUUCGCUAAAUAUUCGUGUUAAUUUGUUAUAAACCUUUUCGUUUAGAUCAAAAUGGUCGAAUCUUCACGUAACAGGUACCUAUACCUAACCCUAUGGUGGUUACUACGUAAUUUAGCCUACCUACUUUUUUAAGUUUUUAACUUUUUAUAUGUAUUCUAUGUAAUUUCAUACGACAUCUCAUGAAAUUAAUCUGCAAAAAUGAAUUUUCAGAACUUA